UUUUACUGUCGAAAGUGAUCGAAUUGGAAUGGAAUUGAUUGUAAUUGUAAAUUGAAUUGAUAGAGUAUUAACGCAUAUAAGUUAACGCAUAUAUUUUUUUGCGGCGAACAUGUUUUUUCCCAACCGCUGAGAUAGGUUAUACUGGGGUAGUGUGAAGUGUUAAAAGAAUAAAUUGUCAUUCAUUCGACAGUGAAGGAGGUAAAUUAUGUUUAAGAUGAUGAAUCGCGCAAAAAAAAGUAAUCACCAGGGUAGCCAGCGCAGCAAGGACGCUAAGGCGGCUCGGCAUGGAGUGGGCGCAGGUGCGAACGUGGGUCCGGUAAAGCCAUCUUUGACUCAAACGGCACCGCAACCAGCUAUGUCUACUCCGGGUCAACCGACGGCCCUCACUACCAGUGCUAGUGGAGGUGGACGUACGAAAAAAGUGAAACAAACUUCAUCUAGCAAAAAUGCAGCUGCUGUUGGUGGUGGAGCGACUCGUCGAGCACGUGCCACCGGGAAGGAAACGAUGGAGUCCAAGGUUCACGGUUCAACUCGGCCUGAGUCAAACUCCGACAAUGGCGUUGGAGGCUUGGCCUCGUUGUCGGAACACUCGGGCGGACCGAAAAUGGAACGUUCGAACAGCUUCUUUCUGACGCGCAAGCUUUCAAGUCUAUAUAACAAACUGAGCGGAAGCCGCGAGAAUGUGUCAAACACCAACGCGGCGUCCCCAGUUGCCGAAGUGCAACCUUUUCAGUUUGUUCGCAGUCGUAGUAUGUCUGCGAUACAGUUAAAACGAGCAUACCGACGCAGCCAGAAUGAAUCCACAUUGCAAAACCUACACGAAGACGCGAUCUUGGAAAGAUCGGAGAGCACCGAGGAAACAAUACCAGCUACGAUCUCGGAAGUGGUCUCAAACGCGCCGGAAAUCACACCCCCUCCAGUGCCCCGAUUUGAGCGAUCAAACAGUAUUCUUGCUUCUAUACGACGUAAAAUUAGUUUCCGAUCUGAAAGACGUUCUUCGACCGUAUCGACCUGGAGCACUUCGUUGCAAAAUCUGCGCCAGGAGGACUUCAUGAUCAGCUAUGAUGAUUUAAGCUUCAUCGAUUACGAUCAAUUCAACAGCUAUGAAACAAAUUUGCUUAAACGAAAGCCAAGUUGCACGAUGGAUUCUAUCGCUAGAGCUUCAUUUGAAGGAGAUCCAUCGUGUACCCAACCAGAAAACGUUCCGCCUGCGCAUCACCUAGAAGAUUCACCCAUCACAGAAGCAACCAACGGCAGUGUUGUUCGACGGAGACGGAAAAAUGACACUUUACUGCGAACUACACUUAUUCGCAAAAGCAUGGAUGUGGAGGGCAACCUCGACCGUGAUAAAAACGUUUACCGUAACAGUUUGGAUGCGGAGAAGCUGUUGUGUAUCAGUAAUGUCAACCGAAAAUCAUUUCGAUUUAGUGCGGAUGUUGAACGAGAUGUGGUUGCAUUAGACCUAGAUACUGCCGAUUUUGCAGCAGCCAAACCGCUGGCUGAAUUGGUUGCUCAUCGACAUACACCGCCACCAAUAUAUGACGUGUGUGAUAGUGGCAUAAUCGACGGAAGUGAAAGUGUCAAAUUAUGUGAAAUAGCCAAUGGUACUGACAACACCGGAAGUAGUAUGGGAUAUGUGAGUCGUAGCGAAAGCUUGAAACGAUGCCGUUCAUAUGGUGGUGAACGAGGUUCUGCUUUUGAGGAAGGAUUUGGACAUCCGGCGCAACAAACGCAGAUGAAAUCUUUGAGCCUUACCCACCUGGAUGAUAUCGAGCGCCAGGCCACGACACCGACUAUUAUAACAAACGAUCCGCACAUCAGAAAGAGUGAUAAUUCCGACACAUCCAACACAUCGAUCGCAUCCGCAAGUGGAUCAGCCGGUUAUGGCGGCAACACCGUGUCUGGUGGAUCGUCCGUUCACGCCGUUUCGCCUAAGGACGUCUGCGUGACAGUAACCUCGGGCAGUGCGCUGAUCGACAUCAGCAACAGUGAUGGCGGAUGCAUCAAUCCAGCCUACGACAACGGGGACGGGGGCCAUCGUCGCGAGACGAAUGACGGCAUCUCAAUCAGUGAUACGGACGCAAGAAUGUGUCCGAAACAGGAGAGCAUGGAUAAGGGCCACGAAUGUCAGGGUUCCGGGACGUGCUGUAUGCUCACGUCGCCGUCCUGUGUAAAGACUGCCCUGAGCUAUUCCAGUAGACUAAGUGGCACCAGUUCAUCGUCUUCUUCCCUUAAAAAGAAAUCCUCCUCUUUUCUACACCGCGAACGCAAGAAGCCAGUUCUCACACGCAGCCAAGUUUCCAGCUCCGAAUAUUUCUCUGUUUGCUUCGAGAGCGAUCAUAACGAUCCAGGCGUGUUAAUACCGGCCACCAAAGGAGUACGACUUGCUGAAUGUUUACGUACCUCACUCUCACGAAGAAGUUUGAGUUUCUCUCAAAUUUAUGUUACCGAUAAUGGCUUCAACAAUCCGCAUGAGACGGGCGUACGGUACACGGAACCGCUGGACGCCAACAUGGACAUAUCUGCUCUGGCGGGUCGAACGCUAAUUGUAUCGGAGCGUGAUCCAACGUCGAAUCGGCGCGCGGGUGGUCACCUUACGCUACAGAAAGCAGCAUCCGUAGGUAAUCAGCCCUCAAUUAUGUCGUCAACCAGCAAACUGUUUACCUCCACCUCCACGGACGACAACUAUGACCAAAGCCCCAAAGCAUCGUCAGCUUCUGGCAAGCAAUCGAAACAAAAAUGGACAAUACCAUUUGGAUCGAAGGGACCACAAAAGUCGAAGCUUUGCGAAUUGCUGGACAGCUACAACAAAGAAAUACCCAAAUCGUCGUCUUCCUCCAGUAAUUUCAAUAACCCCGAGUAUGUAGACGCUUUAGUAGGCCUUAGGAACUUACCUCAAUGUUGGACGGAGAUCGUCAAUUGCGCUGGGGUGAGCGAAGCGGAAACGAAAAUCCAAUCCGCCAUCUGGGAGCUGGUGACGACCGAAGUAUACUACAUUCUCGCUCUACAAACGGUAACAGAUCUUUUUCUCGCCUGUUUAGAAGAUAUUCAAUCACAAAACAUUCUCACGGAUGUUGAUCAGAACAAAUUAUUUUCCAACAUACGUGACAUCUGGGAGGCUAACCUGCGCUUUUGGACUCUGUACCUUCACCCAAUGGUAAAACAUAGCCUACGGACGAAAGAACCAAUGAGCAUCUAUUACUUCCAAAGAGGAUUUGUUGAUUUCGCUACCAUCUUUACGCCAUACACUAAGUAUUGCGCCGAACAAAGCACCUGUCAAUACUAUUGCAAGGAGAUGUACCACAAUAAUCCGCUAUUCAUGACCUACUGUGCCUGGUGCGAAUCGCAGAAGAUGUGCAAUCGGUUACGACUAGCCGACAUUCUGGUGCGUCCAAUGCAACGGUUAACCAAGUAUGGACUACUGCUGGCUGCUAUCAAGAAACAUAUCAACGAUGAGGCAGAAGGCGAAGCAAUCGAUGCUAUGAUACAUUCAGUAGAAGAGUUUGUCGCCGGUGUGAAUUCACAUCUAACAACUCGACAGGAAAGCGAACGUCUGAAAGGAAUAAAUGCUAGAAUCGAUUGUUACGAGGUAGUGGACGCAAACAACGAGACUUUAGAACGUAUGGUCAAGCAACACAGCAUCAUGUUUGACCUCUGCCAGCCGAUGCGUGGUAUCGACCACGGACGCAAGGUGUUUGUAGAGGGUGACCUGAAAUUCAAGGAUAGUACCGGAAAGAUGGAUGUACAUAGUUUCCUUUUUACGGACUUUUUACUAAUUUGUAAAAAGAAUAAGAACGACAAAUUGAAGAUUGUCCGACAACCAUACAUGACUGACCGGUUGAUAGUACAGCUUAAGGAUCAAGCCAUUUACUGCUGCUAUGUGAAUGAACUGAACAUGGUAGUAGCAGCAUUCACACUGCAAAGUUCUAAAGCACAACAUUGGUAUGAUUCGAUAACAAAAGUAAAACACAUUUACAAUCGUAUGAAACAAGGAACGUUUGGGGAUGUGCGACAGUACGGUAAUAUUAUCAACAUCAGCAACAGUUGCAAUAACUCCACCAGCAAUAGCAAUAUGAACAUUAACAACGAUAAUCUAAGCAUCAAAAAGUCGCCGCUGAACAGCUCCAUCGGCAGUCGCGUAAGCAGUCUAAAUAAUAGUCACAGCGGAUCAGUCGAUUUAAACGAAUCGAAGCAAGUGUCGAUUGAUUUUGAGAAAACUAACUCCCUGUCGAGCGAUGAAGGUGCCGGCGUUGGUAGCACAAUGGCUGUCAUGAUGCAUUCAAAAUACGCUCCGGGUAACAGUCGAAAGCCAAAGAAUACCGUCUGCACCAUGCAAACCAAAUCCUCCAACUCAUUGACUGUUCAACCGUACAGUGGAUUAGGUCAAAGUAUGCCUAACUUAAAUCUUAAUUCGAUCCAAAACAGCAAUACUCUCUCGGUGCCAGGUACAUCUAAUAGUCAAUCCCAUUCCGGCAUGGUAUUACUUUCUCCAAGCCAACGGGGCAUUUCAUAUCCUCCUCCAUCACCUACCAGGGCUACGUUGCGCCGCGGAUUCGCAUUCUCUACGUCAAUCAAAAACCCACCGUUAAUCAAGACACGCAACGUGUCCUCACAGCAAAGUUUCACACUUUCACAGCAACAAAGCUUCAACUCGGCAUCACUCGGCCAACAUCAACAGUGCCUACCCCAGUCGGCUAACAUCCCGAACAGCACUACAAACAGCACUGGCUCGAACGCACCAAAUGAAGGAUGCACUGGAACAAGCGGUCUUUCGUUGUCUUCGGCGAACGUAUCGUUUUUCAAGCGUAAAAACAGCUUUCAAAGUGUACCAAGCAACAGCGCUACCACCAGCAUGGACCAAACUUUGCCCAACGAAACCUAAGCAAUAUUCCGUACAGCUCAAUGCGAAACGAACAAAGGCAUUUUACGGCAAAGUAGGCAUAUGCACGAAUCAAACGCCAUUAUCAACUAGUCCAUUCUCACGGUUCUGCAUGGAAAUGUUUGAUGAACCUUUAUGCUGAACCGAUGCAUUCCAACGGAAUCAAAAAAAAAUAUUUGCUACAAGUUAACACGACAAGUUCAUACCCAUGUUGACAUUCAUCGCGAUGUAUAACCUGUCCUGUUGCCCAAUUGCAUUCAGCAAUUACGCAUAGCAGUAAAUCUUUCUGUAUUGUACGGAGGCUGCAAAUUUGUAUAAUCUUUGAUGUGAAAAGCAGCGGCACACACAUCAACAUAAAAUCCAGAACAAAACAAAGCUGUGAAUUUUUAUGGAAAGGUAUAGAUGCAACUAUCAGCUGCAACUCAUGCGAGUUUGAUAUGUUGCCCCUGGAGACGAAUCAUUUAAAGUAUUUUUUUUCUCGCAACCAGGUGCUAGGUUUUUAAUGUUUGAAAAUUCAACGAUUUAAAGUUGUAGUGCUUCUCGUUCAACGAGCAAUAUUAGCUGAAUGUUAAUGUAAUUUUUGAACAUUACGUUUGGGCAAUGUACCUUUUAUUGCCAUUUAAUCAUAUUUAACAACAGUAAACAAGUGGAUCUUGUUAUUAGAAUUCCUCUAGUCAGCAAAAAAAACUAUAUAUGUAUACAAUUUAAACGAAUUUUAAAACACCCACGUAGGAAGCAUGUUGAGCUUUUGAAGGUGUCGAUUUUUGUUUUAUGCGUUUAUGCAUAAACCGAAAAAAUAUUAACAACGUGUAUUAUUGUAGUGCUUUCCUGUAAUCCAACUUGAUGCUUUUAUAAUUGAUUUUAUUUAUGUUACUUCUCCAGUAACUAAGAUGUCAUUUACUUAAAAGUGUUUUAACUUAUUACUCCUCAACGAGAAUUAUUCUGUACAAAAGACCGUGGAGAUAGUUGUAUGAGAACGUGUGAACAAAAAAUCAACCGUAUAACUUUGCGAGAAUUUAAGCUUCAUCCACAUCACACAAUAUCUGCAGUAUAAGCAUACACAAUCGUAGUUUUGCAAUUUUAACUUGAACUCAUAGUAACAAUUUUUAAAGAAAAAGGAUAUGCUGCGGAAAUUUACACAAAUGAUAACAUAUAACUUUGUUUAUCAUUCAAGAGCAAGCAAUAAUGAUUUGCCCGAUCCUUAGAUGGCUGAAUGGUAAUUUAUCGGUUUUUUAAAUAAAAAUUUAUGAUUGAUUGUAGAGAAAGUAAAUGCUGAUUCAACGGAAUAGAUAUGGGAAAACGGUUACUUUUUAAAUAUAACAGCGAAUUGCCAAUACAAGUCAUUGUGUAUCUAUGAGCGUAUCGAAAAAGCAAAUGAUUAUAUACAUAUCGAUCAGGAUAUGUUGUUAUUGAAACGAAAGACAAAAGCGUACAAUGAUAAUUUUAAACAUUUUCCAACGUUGCUAUUCUGUAGCAUUAAAAUACUACUUUUCCAGUAUGAUAAUAUUGUAGAGUAAACAACCGAAAUCAUCAUACUAACAUUCCAUAUACUGCUACGUUAGGUUUUUGUGUGAAAAAAAUAAAACGGCUCUAAUUAGCAAGUACAGUGUAAUAAUGUAUGUACAGUUGACAAAAGGCAUAAGGUUUUGUGCUUGUUUUAACGGCAGUAAAUAAUGUCAGAUACUGCUAACCAAAACCCUAAAACCUUUAAACCUUAAACGAAUGUUUAAAUGACUAAAAUAUGUUCUUAUACGAACAAUUCAAGCUAUAGGCACAGGAAAGAACCAUUUCACAAAUUUUAAAAUCUAUCCUUUACAUGGUUAGACAAACUGCUAUGCAAACUGUAAAAUAUUAUCAUUUAUCAAAUUAAAAUUACAGUCAGAAACUAGGGCGAUUCAAAUCUAGAUUUGCAUAGCUGUGAAAUCAGUCGAUACUGAAUUAGAAAUAUACAAAAUAUAAAUUGGAUGAUGUUAUAGUAUGUAGUAUAAAGCAAGCGAAGGUCGCUACAGCAAAUCAAAAAAAUCAUUGUACCAGUUUUAAAGCCUGCGUUAGAGCCCUGUAAACCGUACCAUUACUUCUAUGCUUACAUCGUUACUAGCGACGAAUCAAUGGUACAUGGCAACACUUAUUAAUGUUUUCCAAUAUUUCAAUCACUUGUUUCAGAUCAGGUUAAGGGGUUAAUGUAUACAAUCUAAAGAUUUUUGUUAAUAUUGGUUGAUCUACUCCGUACUUUAAAAUUGUAUCAAAUCAAAUCACGUGUACGAGUGAUUAUAUUUGUUUUCAAUUUGGUCCAUGUUUCAUCGGUUUAUUAGGUUUUUAGUGAAAGCACGAUCCUGUUUGUACUUAAUUAUUCUUAUUGUUCAGACUAACAGAUCGUUUAUUUGACAAUCAAAAUUUAUUUUAAGACGAUCUCUCUUCAGUGGAACUAAUUACUUAUGCAAUGCACUAAUUCGAAGGGUGUUAAAUACUUUACACCGGCUAGCACCACGAAUGUUCAUUGCAGAAUUCUGUAUGUUUGCAUGGCUCCCAUUUACUAUAGCGAUAUGCUGUAUGACCAUACCAUUGCGGAAGUAUAAAAAGUGCUUUAAAAAUGAAACAUUUGCAACGUUAUAAAAACGGCCAAUCCGAACAACGCUUAAAGACGAUUUGGAAUAGCAGUAAACAGGAACAAGUACAAGGUGUGGAAAAUAUAAACCAAAGAAUUGUACGAGAAUCAUAACAUAAGCGUUGGGAAAACUCAACCUUGGGAUAGUAUUAAUAACGUAGUGUUUGGUUUUUGGACAAUUAAUACAAAUAUCCUACAUCCUGGUUCGUUCUACGAGCACAAGGUGGGUAAGCGUUUCUUUCUAAAUCUGUUAAAUCAAUGCCAUGCCAAUGGAACAUUGUUAGCAUUUUAAUGUGCGUGUCCCCACACGGUACACGAAUCUAGACCGGUCUAUUCUAUAACACCGCGUUGCGAGUCAUUUGUGAAGCUAUCGCGCCAAACGGAUAAAUGUACAGUUUUAUAACGAUACUCAACUAAAGCAUUGGGGUAGGACUGGUUGAAAAAUAGUUUAUAAAAAAUCGAUACAACCAUUGAAAAUAAUAUAUACAAAUACACGAAUAUACAUACAAAUUAUAUAUACUAUAUAGGAAUAUAUAUAUAUAGCAAUAUAUAUACCUAUAUACAUACGAAUAGAAGAUUGGUAUUAUUUAAGCAUAUUUAGCUAUAUUUACAAACAAAGCGAAAUACGGAAUCAAACUAUUUGAAUGUUGGAUAACGAUUGGGAACUGAAUAAGCAAAUAACACAAUUUGAAAAUUUGCAAAUAUUAAAAAUAAACCAAUUCCCAGCAAAUAGAAUGUUCGCAAAAGUUAAAAAAGUGAGUUUCUGAAUUGGUUCCAAAGUUGUUGAAAAAAAACCAUAACACUGUAGCAGCUUGGACUGUACAGCAUGUGUUUCGAAGCAUUAUCCUGUUUGGAAACAAAAUGGAAUAUUUUAUGUAGAAGAUUGAUAACUUACCUAAGAUAAACGAACGAUUUCUUAGUGGUUCCAAUGAAAUGGUGAAACAAAUUUCAAUGCCAUUGAAUUCAAGUUGAUACUCUAGCUCAAUUGUCGCAUUUGUGAAUUUUGUCGAUCGGAAUGAUACGGACGUGAUAAAAUAUGACGUCAACAGAAGAAAUCAAGACAUAGCGUUAUGUUAUCUAAGGCUUGCAAUACAAAGAUUAAAAUCUUUAUGAGCGCAAUUUAGCAAACUAAACACAAACGACAAACUCAUCAAAUGUACCCAAAUGGACCUAAAAUACAACAAAAAUUUGAAAUACAAAGCAACAGCAACAUAGAAACGACCAUUGUUCAAUCAAA